AUGUAUCAUCAAGGAGAAAGCUCCAGCGGCCGAGUUCCUGCCCCUUCGAGCGGCCGCGAUAAACAGCCCAAACGUGGCCGUUCACGGAGAGAUCCUAGUGAGAUUCCUCCGCCACCGGUCGAUGAGUUUGCGCUAGGCCAGCCAGUAACCGGAGUCGUGGACGGCAUAUUCGAUUCCGGUUACCUGAUCAGUAUUAGAAUCGGCGAGUCUUCGACGUAUCUGAGGGGCCUUGUCUUCAAGCCAGAGCAGGUUGUUCCGGUCACGGCAGAAAACGAUAUUGCGCCGGAACUUCCCAUGAUUCGGAGGCACAAUAUUCCGUCCCCUGCUCCCCAAACUACCGGCGGUGCUGAGGCUCCAAAACCCAAGCGGAGAUCCUCCAGAAAAGCUCCGGCCGCCGCUCCUCCGGAAGACAUGGGAGGCGAUCUCGUCCCCGUGGCAGUGCAGGCCUUGAACUCUCUGCACAAGCCCUGCAUCAACUUGCCGCAGCUUCCGGAGUCGUCUAGAAUGACCAUGGGCGACAGGGACGACGUGCAUCCUGCCGUCGGCUCUGGGCCGAGCAUGAGGACGACACAUGCUGGGGGCUCGUCGGGAGCAUCGAGCGACCCAACCGGAACCAGCAAGCAAGAAUCGGAACCUCCGGCAGAGAAGGCAACUAAAGGAGAACCUGCAGGUGCCAGCGAGCCCGAAUUGUCGGAACGCCGAUCAGAUCGGCUGUUCGACACCACAAGUCGAAUGUCUCAGCUUCUCCUGGCCGUGGAGGAGAAUCUGAAAAACUUGUAG